GGGGCUGGAUGUUGCCUUUCUCCCCGCAGGAGCCGGAGCUCUGCUGCCCACUCGCAGUGCAACUGGAAUGGGUAAUGGUGUGAGAGGAGGGGCAGUGGAUUUCCAGGGGCAGGAUGUGGAGCCAGUUCCAGCAGCACAUCUCCCAGCAGAGGGCACCCAGGAGAAGAAGAAGGUCCUCAACUCCCUGAUGUCUGGGGCCCUGGCUGGUGCUGUGGCUAAAACUGCUGUAGCUCCACUGGACAGGACAAAAAUCAUGUUUCAAGUGUCUUCAAAACGAUUUUCUGCCAAGGAAGCCUACAGGCUGAUUUACCACACCUACCUCAACGAGGGCUUCUGGAGCCUCUGGAGAGGGAACUCAGCCACCAUGGUCCGGGUGAUUCCCUACGCUGCCAUCCAGUUCUGUGCUCACGAGGAGUACAAGCAGCUCCUGGGCAGCUACUACGGCUUCCAGGGAAAGGCGCUGACUCCCUUCCCUCGGUUCAUCGCCGGCUCCCUGGCAGGCACCACGGCUGCCACCCUCACCUACCCCCUGGACAUGGUCCGUGCCCGCAUGGCUGUCACGCCAAAGGAGAUGUACAGCAACAUUGUCCAUGUCUUCAUCCGGAUAUCCAGGGAGGAAGGGCUGAAGACCCUCUACAGGGGCUUCACACCAACCAUCCUGGGAGUGAUUCCCUAUGCUGGGCUCAGCUUCUUCACCUACGAGACGCUGAAGAAGCUGCACGCAGAUCACAGCGGCAGGGCUCAGCCCUCCCCCGCCGAGCGGCUGCUGUUCGGAGCCUGCGCCGGCCUCAUCGGGCAGUCUGCCUCCUACCCCCUGGACGUGGUCCGGCGCCGCAUGCAGACCGCGGGGGUGCUGGGGCACACCUACAGCUCCAUCCUCCUCACCAUGCAGGAGAUCGUCCGGGAGGAGGGACUCGUCCGGGGCCUCUACAAAGGGCUCAGCAUGAACUGGGUCAAGGGCCCCAUCGCGGUGGGAAUCAGCUUCACAACCUUCGACCUGACUCAGAUCCUGCUCCGCAAGCUGCAGCACAGCCCCGGCCUGCAGAGGUAGCAGCUGCAGCCCCUGCCAGCCCCCUGGCGCCUGUAGAAAGAGCAAUGCUAACCUCCCCUCACCUCACACCUGCUCUCCUGCAGCUGACAUCUCACCUGUGCUGGUCGGGUUUGGCUUUGU